GGAAAGAAGGAAUCGUUCGUAGAAUAAGAACAGGAGAUUGUCGAUGGUCGAUUGUUCUGUUUUUUCUCCAAUUCUAUUUUAUUCGACUGAACUGAAAUGCUUGUGAAGACACCCUAUGGGCAAAACCGGUGACUUAAUCCGAAAUCUAGCUAAAGCCCUCAAAUUUAUCUCAACCCAUGAAGACGGAAAGGAAGAAGACGAUGAAUUAGAGAGGUUUGCUUCACAAGAAAACAAGCAGUUCUCCUUCGAAACCCUAGUUUCCGCCACCAGAAAUUUUCACUCAGAUCACAAACUCGGUCAAGGAGGGUUUGGUCCUGUCUACAAGGGGAAACUGAAUGAUGGAAGAGAUAUAGCGGUGAAGAGGCUUGCGAUUACUUCCACACAGGGGGGAGCUGAAUUCAUGAACGAGGCCAAGUUGCUAUCUCGUAUUCAGCAUAGGAAUGUUGUGAAUUUGUUGGGUUAUUGCUUACAUGAUUCAGAAAAACUUCUUGUUUAUGAAUAUGUUGCAAAUGAGAGUCUCGACAAAUUUCUCUUCAAUCCCGCGAAACAAAAUGUGCUUGAUUGGAGACGUAGAUACAACAUAAUAUCAGCAGUGGCAAAGGGUUUACAUUAUCUUCACGUCGAUGCACACGAAAGCAUCAUUCAUCGUGAUAUAAAGGCAAGUAAUAUCCUAUUAGACGAUAAAUGGGUCCCCAAGAUCUCGGACUUUGGUAUGGCCCGUCUCUUCCCCGGAGAUCAGACACAUGUGAAUACUCGUGUGGCGGGUACAGACGGUUACAUGGCUCCUGAAUAUCUCAUGCAUGGACGCUUAACUGUCAAAGCAGAUGUAUUCAGCUUUGGGGUAGUCGUUUUGGAAUUGAUAAGUGGGCGGAAGAACACGAGUUUUGAACACAACCUUGAAUUUCAAAAUCUACUUGAAUGGGUAUAUAAGAUGUACAAGAAAGGCAAGACAAUGGAGAUUAUGGACACCACAUUGGCGAAAACUGCAAUUGCAGAUCAAGUUGUCCAUUGUAUACUGAUAGGGCUGUUGUGUGUCCAAGCAGAUCUAAUUAAACGGCCCACAAUGCAUCAAGUGGUCUUAAUGUUGUCGAAAAAGGCAGGCACCAUUGAACAAGAACCUAUGAGACCUGGAUACCCUGGUCGUAGGUACAGAGUGUCAUCACAAAUGUCAAACAUCAGAUCAUCAACUUCUAGUUCAACCACAAAUAGCAACUCCAAUUCGAGCUUUGCUUCAGUGGCUUCGAUUGUGUCGGAUUUCACAAGCUCUUCAGUAGAAUUGGAUGACCCCCGCGGGAAAAGACCCAUGGAUUGUUAAGUUUUACAUAUUGUAGGAGAUGGAUGGAGGGUUAGUGUUAAAUUUAUUAAAAGUAUAUGAAAUAACUUGAUUAGUUCGCUAUUCUUUGUGUAACUUAUUCAAUGAA